GUGAGCUGGAAAAGUUUAGAAACCUACCGCUUCACCAUUAAACUAUUAAAACAACGCGAGAAAAUACGGAGUAGCCCUGUCGGAAAUGUAUCCACCAGCGUUUCCCACCGGACACUUUAUGUGGUUACACACAGAUGGAGAGCACCAGUUUGGCUCUUUGGAUAUAAACUGUAUUUUUUUUAUCGAGUACUGUGCAGGAGACAUGGAGCGGCCAUCUUGUGUUGUGGGAGAUUUGAAGCAGUUUGUUGUCAAUGAAGCUCCACAAACUGCGUUUUACAUCCCAGAUUUCAUAUCAGAGGAAGAGGAGUCCUUCCUCCUGCAGCAGGUGUACAAGUCCCCCAAAACCAAAUGGACCCAGCUGUCCAGCCGCCGGCUCCAGAACUGGGGCGGCCUGCCGCACCCCAAAGGCAUGCUGACCGAGACGCUUCCUGACUGGCUCCAGAGCUGCUGUGAGAAAGUCUCGUCUCUCGGAGUGUUCGGUGGGAAAAUGGCCAACCACGUGUUGGUGAACGAGUACAAGCCGGGCGAAGGCAUCAUGGCCCACGAGGACGGCCCGCUGUACCACCCCACGGUCAGCACCAUCAACCUGGGCUCACACACCCUUCUGGACUUCUACCGGCCCGUCUGCAGCCAGGACGGGCCGCAGACCCAGCAGAGCCGCUACCUGCUGUCCCUCCUGCUGAGGCCGCGCAGCCUGCUGAUCCUGCAGGACGACAUGUACCGUCAGCUGCUGCACGGCAUCCAGAACCGGGACCGGGACCCGCUGACGGACCGGGUGGCCAACCUGUCUGCUGCCGGGGCGCGGCCCGGGGAGACGCUGAGCAGGGGAACCAGGGUGUCGCUCACCAUCAGACACGUUCCCAAAGUGAUCAGAACCAGGAUGGUUCUGGGAAGGAAAUGACCCGACCAGAUCAGAACCAAGCCAGAACCACAGCUGGAAGAGUCUCAUGAUGAAUGCUGUGGUCUGAAUUAUUAUUACUAUUACUGCAGGAACAACAUUCCUAUGUGAUUUUUAAAAAAAUUAUCUAUUCAAAUAUUAAUAAAACUCAAUGAUGGGCAUCGCUAACUGAAAA